AUGACUUCAGUUUCUCUCACAAGAGUUUCUAUUGACAGUGGGUCUGUUCUACCAAAGACUCCAAGUUACUUAGGUAGAAUUACGCAAGAGGUUCCUGUUAAACAACGGUUUGUUAUCAGCAAAAUGAUCUUAAAUAAUUUUAAGUCGUACUUUGGUAAACAGGAAAUAGAUGCGCUUUUAUUUGUAUUUGGUUAUCGAGCAAAUAAAAUGAGGCAAGCCAAAUUAUCAGAACUUAUUCAUUCAUCACAAGGAUGUGAAAAUCUGGAUGCGUGCAGUGUUGAUAUAUAUUUUGAAGAAAUUCUUGACUUGCCUGGUUCGGAUAAUUAUGAGGUUCUAUCUCAAUCUCAAUUGGUUAUCUCGCGUCAAGCAUUUCGCAAUAAUGCAAGCAAAUAUUUCAUAAAUGGGCGACAAAGCAAUUACACUGAAGUUACAAGUCUUUUGAAAGAAAGGGGGAUCGAUUUGGAUCAUAAACGAUUUCUAAUUUUGCAGGGAGAAGUUGAAUUAAUAUCGCAGAUGAAACCCAAAGCAUCAAACGGACAUGAAGAUGGACUCUUAGAAUAUAUUGAAGAUAUUAUUGGAACUUCUAAAUAUAAGGUCCCUCUUGAAGAAGCAAAUGAAAAAGGUGAAACAUUGGAUGAAGAACGAUCAGAAAAAUUAAAUCGCGUUAAAAUAGUUGAAAAGGAAAAACUAAAUUUAGAGGCCAAAAAAAAAGAAGCAGAAAAUUAUCUCCGAGAUGAAAACACAUUAACUUUGAAACAGUCCGCCCUUUAUCAAAGAAAAUUGCUAGGGUGUAAGAUUAAUUCUGAAAUAUCUACUAAGGCUGUGAUAAAACAAGAUAACAAAGAUCUUGAAGAUAAAUACAGAGAUUCUGUUAAUGCUUAUAAGCAACUUGAAAAAGAAACAAAUGAAAUUCUAACAGAAUUGACAAAUUAUGAUAAAGAAAAUAUUAACCUGGAAGAAAGAAGAAAACACGCAAUUUCUAAACAGAAGAAAGUGACAAUGACAAUUUCUACAGAUCUUCAUGGACUUUCGGAUGCGAAAACAGCAUUACGAUUUAAUGAACAGGAUUUGAAUGAUCGAAUGAAAGAAAUGGCGGGCUUGGAAAUAUCUUUAGAGGCCCAAGAAAGUGAACUUGAAAAAAUCAGGGAAAGCUUAAAGGGCAAGUCAGAAGUUUAUUCAAACCAAAUUGAAGAAAAGAAAAGAGAACUUGCACCUUGGUUAGAGAAAAUUAAUGCAAGGAAAUCACUUAUUGAUGUCAACCAAUCUGAAUGCAACAUUUUAAAAGAGAAAUAUGAUUCAAUAAAACAAGAUCUUAAACAAGCAGAAGAAGAUGCCGUCACGCUUGGAGAAUCACGUCGGAAGAAGCAUUACCUUAGUCAGCAAGAACUUUUCAAGUCUAGUCUUGCCGAUUCUCGACAAAGAGAAGAUGAGGCGAAAAGACUUUUAAAUUCUUCUCAGUCUAGAGGACAAGUUCUUAGUAGCUUGAUAAAACUUAAAGAUAAUGGUCUUAUAAAAGGAUUACAUGUAAUUGAUUCUAUUGAAGUUGGACAAACUUGUAUAGAAUACCUUAAAAGAAACGAUUUAGGUUGCGCUAAGUUCAUUCUUUUGAAUGAACUGCCUACCAUGGACAUCCGCCCGAUACAAACACCUGAAAAUGUUCCCCGUCUUAUUGAUCUUAUUAAGCCGAAAGAUGACAGGUUUAUCCCAGCAUUUUAUAGUGUGUUACAAAACACUUUGGUUGCCCAAAAUUUACAACAAGCGAAUAGGAUCGCAUUUACUAAUACGCGAUGGCGCGUAGUGACGUUAAGUGGUCAAUUGAUUGAUAAAUCUGGCACUAUGAGCGGAGGAGGUAACAAAGUGUUUAAAGAAGCCAUGAGUUCAACAUUUUCUUCUGACAUAAGUUCGGAGACAAUAUCGAAAUUGGAACAAGACCGUAUCCACUUUGAAAUGCAGUGGAAAGAAAUAAAUGAAAAAAUUAGGUCUUUAGAACCUCAAUUUCAAGAGAAAAAAGAUGAACUUUCUAAAUUAGAAUUUGAGCUAUCGAAGUUAGAAAUGAAUGCGAAUGCUUGCGCAAAACGUAUUAUCUGUACUGAAAAAAGAGUAGCCGAGUUACGUCAAAAAAAUAAUCCAAGUAUAGAUGAUACCAGGCGUAUGGAACAUCUUCAAAUACAAAUAGAUCAUCUAACACAAGAGUUAGAUAGAUUGAAAAGACAACCUUCUAAAAUUGAAGAGGAGAUUAAGAUUUUACAAGAUAAGAUUUUGGAAAUUGGGGGUGAUAAACUUCGAGCUCAAAAGUCUAAAUUAGAUCAUGUUAAAGAACAACUUGUUUUAAUAAAUGAACGAAUUAUCAAGUCUCAAAUGGCCAAAUCAAGGGCGGAAAAGGAUAGGAUUAAAAUCGAAAAUUCUCUAGCAAAAAGUGAAAGAGAAUUAGAAGAAUUAAAUAAUGAAAUAGAAAAACUUACGAAAGAAAUUCAACAGAAAGCCGAAGUUGCUCGUUCCAUUCGUAUUAAAUCCGAUGAAGCCAUAUCAAUAUUGGAAAGUAAAAAAGAAGAAUUAGAUGAUAUCAAGGAAAAACUUGAUGAAAAAACCGAAAUAAUUAAUCGGAUUCGAGCAAUUGAGUUAAAAAUCAAAAACCAUCUCGAAGAUAAUGAGCGCAUUUUGAUAGAAAAUAAACAAAAAGAAAUUCAUUGGCGAAAUUCUCUUAGAAAUCUUACACUUCAUGAGAUUAUUGUUUUGGAAGACUAUCGUAUUCGUGAGAAAGAGUAUUUGUCACGUGUUAGAGAGCUUGAAGAGAUUACUUCUAAGCGUGAUGAGUGUAAAAAGGAAUACGAUCGUUUAAGAAAGCAACGAUUGGAAGAAUUCAUGCGUGGGUUCAAUUUAAUAUCUCGGAAACUCAAAGAAAUGUAUCAGAUGAUUACUCUUGGAGGAAAUGCCGAGCUUGAAUGUUGCGACAGCUUGGAUCCUUUUUCUGAAGGCAUUAUUUUUAGUGUUAUGCCGCCGAAAAAGAGUUGGAAAAAUAUUUCGAAUUUAUCUGGUGGAGAAAAGACACUUAGUUCUUUGGCUUUAGUAUUUGCUCUACACCAAUUCAAACCUACACCUUUAUAUGUUAUGGAUGAGAUUGAUGCGGCCUUGGAUUUUCGUAAUGCGUCAAUCGUCGCUAACAUUAUUAAAGAACGAACUAAGGAUGCACAAUUUAUCGUUAUUAGUUUACGUAAUAACAUGUUUGAACUAGCGGAUCGUUUAGUGGGGAUUUAUAAAGUACAUGAUCAGACAAAAUCCGUUACUAUUGAUUCGCAUGAAAUUGAUAAAGUAUUUGGAUAA